GGUGUUUUUUUUCGUGUGAUGCUCAGUGCUGUGAAUCAUGGCGAUGGAGACGUCAUCGUCAGAACUCAAGAUCCCAAAGUCUCCGGUGGUGAUCUUGAUGAUUGGCAUGGCCGGCAGUGGUAAGUCCACCCUCAUGCAUCGCAUGGUGGUGCGCCUGGGGAGUUCCAGUUCCAAAGUCUACACCGUAAAUCUGGAUCCGGCGGUGAAAAAUUUGGCGUACCCAGUGAAUAUCGACAUUCGUGACUCCGUGAACUACAAGGAGGUCAUGAAACAUUUUGGUUUGGGGCCCAACGGCGCCAUCAUGACAUCGUUGAAUCUCUUCGCCACGAAGUUUGAUCAAGUACUGAAUAUCCUCAGCAAACGCGCCGGCGAAUUGGAUUACAUCCUCAUCGACACGCCUGGUCAGAUCGAAGUCUUCAACUGGUCGGCCUCGGGGCAAAUUAUCUGCGACGCCUUGGCGGUGACGUAUCCGACGGUGAUUUGCUAUGUUGUAGAUACCGCCAGAUGUGUGAAGCCUGUGACGUUUAUGUCCAACAUGCUGUAUGCCUGCAGCAUUUUGUACAAGACCAAGCUGCCAUUUCUGGUCUCCUUCAACAAGAUUGACGUGAUACCACACGACUUUCUGAUGGAAUGGAUGGAGGACUUCGAGAAGUUGGGGGAGGCGCUGAGCCGCGAGACGAGCUACGUGGCGUCGCUGUCGAAGUCGAUGAGUUUGGCCAUGGAGGAGUUCUACAGGAAUUUGAGAUCGGUGGGGGUCUCUGCUGUGACCGGAGCAGGCUCGGAGGCCUUCCAAAAAGCCGUCCAGGACGCUGCCGUGGAGUUCCAGGAGAGCUACGUGCCGUUUCUGCGGGAGCAACGCCGUGACUUGGAGGAGAAACGCCAAGCGGCCGUGGAGGAACAGAUGCGAAACUUCGAGCGGGGCAUGGACCGGGCCAAGAACAAGCGCAGCCGCGAUGGCGCGAGCAUCGGCGAGCUGGAUCGCUUGGGUGAGGAUGUACAUAACUUGACCAUCGAGGAACGUGACGACUUUAUGGACGACAUGGACUGAAGCUUCAAACCGAGUGUUUUCGAAGCAAUACAAUCAAGUGCCCAACACCUGGAAUGCUGGAAACAAACAAAUUGUUUGGCAUCUGCG